CGCAUACCCUGCUAUAUCAUUUGAUGGAUUCCUCCUUCUUUGCUGCCCCCACCCCUUUUUUCUCCACCCUAGCGCUACAAACCUGCAUACUAUACAGAGAGAGAGAGAGAGAGAAAGCGAGAGAGAGCACAACAUCACUAUCAUAAUACAGGAGCCGGGUUAGGGGAGGUUGAUCGAGAGGAGAGAGUAGGUGGGUGUGAGAGGCGCAGAUAGGGACGGACUGACUACCUGUCAGGCGUGUUUCAUGAACACGGGGCCUGAUUGCACAUAAACCCGGCGGCGGCUGAAAUUUUGCACGAAAGGGGUAUCCAAGCGAAAGAUGGAGGGAAUGGCGUAUGGGGCGGGGAAGGCUGGCGGAGCUUUCGAUCCGGUUACUUUCAUCCGACAGCCGCACACCAUUCUGCGGAUGGUGUCCUGGCUGUUCUCUAUCGUGAUCUUUGGCUGUAUCGCCAACGAGGGUUACUUGAACCGCCCUAGCGAGGUCGAGGAGUACUGCAUCUUCAACCGCAACCAGAAUGCCUGCAACUACGGCGUAGCCAUGGGAACGAUGGCCUUCCUGUGCUGCAUGGCCUUCCUGGCUCUGGACGUCUACUUUCCCCAAAUCAGCAGCGUUAAAGACCGCAAGAAGGCGGUACUGGCCGACAUCGGGGUGUCCGCAUUUUGGUCCUUCAUGUGGUUUGUGGGCUUCUGUUUCCUGGCGAACCAGUGGCAAGUGGCUAAGACGGAGGACAACCCUCUGAGCAAGGGUGGAGAUGCUGCUCGAGCUGCCAUCACCUUCUCCUUCUUCUCCAUCUUCACUUGGGGGGCUCUGACACUGCUGUCCUUGGAACGACUAAAGAGUGUGUCUUUUGAAGAAGAGUACAACAAACUCUUUACCUCCCAGCCCACACCCCCACUAGCCUAACAUGCUAACACCCUCCGCACUCUUACUGAGAUCUAGCCCUCAGAGAUGAAUCCUACCCAAAGGCUCAGCAGAAUUAUCCAGCUCUUUGUGGGCUUUACGAUCUUUAUUUGCCUAAAUGCCAGUGAUUGUUUUCGUAUAAUUGCCGGCGCAACAAAAUUUAUGCCUUUUGCAUUCUUGUCAAUAGAACUUUGAUCCAUCACUAUGCAAUUAUAAAUUAAUGGUCUUAAGUCAGUGGUUCUCAAUGUUCGCCACCAUAUACAACCUCAGAAAAUAUUAGGUUCUCUGCAUGCCAUCAUUAUGACAAACGUCAUAAAAGGAGAUACCUUUGCAUACAUUAGCGGGCGCUUGCUUGGCCUAGUUUGCAAACCACUGAUCCAAGUGCCGCUCUCAGUUCUUAGUUCCUGUUUUUGAUAUUGAAAAUAGUUUCUAACUUAUUCAGAUUCGUUUCUGGACCGAGUGGAGGAGAAGCGGUUGUUGGCAUUUUUGUAAUAAGUCAUAGGUUUACUAAACUGCUUGUCAAGCUGUGUAGUAUUUAGACUGCAGAUGGGUUUUGGGCAUGACAGCUUCAUUCUUCUGUGAAUGAACAAGUCCGUCAUGCGUCUUCUGUAGGAAUUUAAUGAGGAUAUAGUAGGUUUUUAUUUCUGUUGAGGAAACGACACAUUCACAUUUCCAAAUUAGUCUGUCGUCGGCAUUGCUUUGGUCUGACCAUGUAGGAUUCUUGGGGAUUUCCCCAAUGUUUCAGUAUAACAUUCACUCACAAAUGCUGUUCUCCAGUGGGGAUCUGGGCUUCAAACCGAUUCCCCUUGGCAGAGAAGGCUGAGUAACUUUAAUAUAAGCAUUCAGUUGCGUACAAAUGUUCAUUUGUCACACGCAGUUACAAUGGAUAGUGGGAAUGUAGUCUUCUGUAUUAACAAUGUGAACCUUCGCCCUGAACAUUCUCAGUAGACCAGCAGAGUAACAUUGUCAUGCUACACAUAAUGAAUUCACGCAAAAAAAUAAUAGGCAACAAACUUUCAAACAAAUUGCAUAGUUGUCUAUGACAUCGAAUGAUUUUGCACCUACUGUUUGUAGCAGGACUCUGUAGUCAUACUGCUUUCCUGUUGUUUUCUAUUAUAAACCACAUUACUUUCUGGAACAGCCCACAGACGAUUUUCUUCUGUCUCCCGUUAUUGCUGAUUUUUUUGUAGAAAAACAAAGAGUG